ACAGUUCCGAACACUAAAGGGUAUAUACAAGAGUUGCCAACCAGUCUGGUAGUAACAGCUGAUCAGGGUUUAACUGCAGUGUACCCAUUCGUACUCUUGAGAAAACUUGUAAUUGACAGUGAACCACGAGGACAACAAUCAUCUUCGUCGUCAAGGGUGGUUUUCCAACAGUCAUGUGUAAGGACCAUAAAUAGAGCAUGCAGGCUUUCUUAGUUCAUUAGAAGUACCAGUGUACUUGAUUACAACUCUCAAUCAAGUGUAAAGAGCUUCCUUGUGUUUUGCUGCCACAACAAUGGGUGACUCAGUAGCUGUGGAAGAGCCUCCUCAACCAGAGCCAAGAAACGGCCCAGACCAGAUCCUGCCAGCAACUUGCAUUAAGACUUCAGAGGCUCACGAGCCUGUGCAGCUGCAAAUGACUGAAGAGGGACCGGCAUCAGAGAAACCAAUAUCUGUCCACACACUGCUGAAGGAAGUAGCCACAAAACAUUCAAAGCAUCCUGCACUUGCAAUCAAGAGGGAUGGUGCUUGGAAAUUCUGGACUUAUGAGCAAUAUCUCAAUGAUGCAAGGACUGUAGGAAAAGCAUUCAUCAGGCUUGGCCUUGAGAGAUUUCAUGGCGUCUGUAUCAUGGGCUUCAAUGCUCCAGAAUGGCUUAUCUCUAAUUUCGGUGCAAUAUUUGCCGGUGGUUUGACAGCUGGAGUUUACACCACUAAUUCUCCUGAAGCAUGUAGACACAUAGCAGAGAAUUGUAAGGCACAAAUUAUUCUCGUUGAAGAUACCGCAUGUUUGAAUAAAUUUCUUGCAGUAAAAAGAUUUUUACCAGAAGUAAAGGCAAUUGUGCAAUGGUCAGGAGAUCCAGGUGCACCAGGAGUACUGUCAUGGGCUGAAUUAAUAGCAAUAGGUUUGACUGAAAAAGAUGAUCAGUUAGAAGAACGCCUUUCUCUGCAAGCUGUCAACCAGUGCUGCACUUUAAUAUAUACAUCAGGUACCACUGGUCCUCCUAAAGGUGUCAUGUGUUCUCAAGACCAUCUGACAUGGUGUGGAAGACAGUAUCAAACAAACCUACAACGUACAGUGGCUGCAGAGGUUGGUGUCACUUAUCUACCCCUGAGCCAUCUUGCAGCCCAGAUGCUGGAUGUAUACUUGAGUGUCACCAUAGCUGCAACAAUUUAUUUUGCACAACCAGAUGCCCUCAAAGGAUCCCUUGGCAAAACUCUUCAAGAGGUUCAGCCAACAGCCUUCCUUGGAGUACCAAGAGUCUGGGAAAAGAUUUAUGAAAAGAUGCAAGAAGCUGGAUCACAAGUAGGAGGCUUGAAGAAGUCUGUGGCUACCUGGGCAAAGUAUCAUGGUCUUAAUUACUACAAUGCUCUUCUGGAUGGCAGAUCUCUGUCAUUAUAUGAGAGUAUGUGUCAUGCCAUUGCCAAGAAAGCCAUAUUAAAUAAAGUCAGAGCUGCUAUCGGUUUCAAUCGAGCUGAUUAUUUUGUUACAGGAGCUGCACCUAUAUCCAAAGAGAUACUCAAUUACUUCAUGAGCAUUGAUAUACCAAUAUGUGAAGGUUAUGGAAUGUCAGAGAGCUUAAGCAUGGGUUCCAUAUGCUACAUCAAGCCUGGACUUUACAAGGCUGGGACAGUAGGAAAGCCAAUGUCACAGAUCACAUUACAACUGAAAUCACACCCGUGCUGCAGGCCUGGUGAAGGUGAAAUUGCUUUCAAAGGAAGAAACGUUUGUAUGGGCUAUUUACGUAUGCGAGAAAAAACUAAUGAAACUAUUGAUGAUGAAGGCUGGCUUUAUUCUGGUGAUAUUGGGAGCUUUGAUGAAGAUGGAUUCCUUCAUAUAACAGGGCGUAUCAAGGAACUCAUCAUCACCGCUGGGGGUGAAAAUAUCCCUCCAACAAUAAUUGAGGAUCACAUCAAAAGAGAGAUACCAUUCCUUAGUUCUGCUAUGCUUAUUGGAGAUAAACGAAAGUACUUGUCUAUUUUGUUAACCUUAAAGGCAGAGGUGAAUUUAGAGAAUGGAGAACCACUACAAGAAUUAACAGAGAGUUGUCAAGCAAUGCUAAAGGAAAUUGGAUCAAAUGUUAAGACAGUAUCCGAGGCUGUGGCAGAAGUUACAGACAAUCCUAAAGGACCCCUAUCUUCAGCAAUACAACAAGGGAUUGAUAGGUACAACAAAGAGUAUGCAAUUUCAAAUGCUCAGAAAGUACAGAAAUGGACAAUUUUGCCAAAGGACUUUUCCCAGUUUAAUGGAGAACUCAACAAUACUCUUAAAUUAGUAAGGAAUCAGGUUUUAGAAAUAUAUAAAGAUGCCAUUGAUGCCAUGUAUGACUCAAAUGAUACAAUUAAAGCUAAAAGCAAUCUUUGAAUACGUUUGAGGUGUAAAAAUAAAAUCUGAUUGGUAACUUUAACUGAAGCAGGAAAACCUAAAGCAUUUUGUGCCUCCAGGCCAAUUUUCCUUCAAAAUUUUCUUCAUGUAUUAGUGCUGUUGCUUAAGAAUUCUUUAUACUGUAAUGUAUCUUUCAAAAUAUUCCCAUGCAAAUCUACAAGUAUUUGGGACAUAAGUGACAUAAGUAAUACUGAUAUCUUUGAAAAUCACAUUGCCAGCCUCACUAACUAACUCUCUCUUUAAGAACAUGGGGUUGCACUAAUUUAAUGUCAAUGUUAUUUUCUUUCCUCUUCCAAGCAGCCUACCUGAUAUAAAUACUAUACAUAUACGUAUACUACAUAACAGUUAUCCAUCACUCCACUUUUAUAAUCCCCAAGAUAUGGUGAAGCUCUCCUUACUGUCCUUGUUGACACACUGAAGUAAACCUUCCUUUUUCCUUGAAAACCCACUGUUGUUUCCCCUUAAUGGUCACUCUCACUUCUACUGCCAACAUAAUUUUGACAUAUGCAAUGUUUUAAAGCGCUGUGUGGCAUUUGUUUUCCCAAGCAACAUGAAAUUUUGCUUUGAAAUUCUGCAUGAACAUUAAACAACUUCAGCAUCACCAGCUCUGUCCUCCACUUUGUUCACAAGUAUAAUUCCCAGAUGUCAUAAGCAAUUUUUCCAUUCAACAUGGCAAAGGGCCAUUUAUACAUUUUUUUAUCAUAGUAAUGACCUGCAAUUGGGGUCCUGCAUAAAAUAUAAAAAAAGUGUGAAGUAAAACUCAUAAAAUACAAUCAAAAGCCUGAAAAUUUUUCAUUUUAAAAUUACCUAUAUUUCAAAUAUAAUACAUAUAUUUUAUAUUUAAAUGUUUUAUAUUUCAAAUAAACAUACAUGCAUAUGUAUUUUUAAGUUUAUUAAGCAAGUAGCUCAAAGAGUACAGUAGUAUGUUAUAUUUGUGUAUCUUUUACUUUUUAUACCUCUAAAUGGUCAUAGUUGUAUUUUUAUAUAAUUGGUGAAGGAGAGUUAUUUGUAUUUGCAAAUGUGAAUUUUUUCACAAAUAGCAACCAUGACAGUAAGUUGCAGUUGUAAACAUUUAUUGCGCCUUUUGAAAAUCUAUGAUAAUAUAGAAUAUUUUUGUACUGAUGGUAAGAUUUAUAUAUUAAAAAUUUAGUCCAGUGUACAUUUAUAUUUUGAAAUAAAGUUCCAAUACUG